ACAUCAGUAUGCUGUUCCUACCAUCACUGCUGGUGCUGCUAUGCAGCGUUCAAUGUCACCUGGUGGACUCCACUCCCAAGUACGAGUACAAAGACCCUGCCACAGGGGAGACGAUCUUGUGUGACAAGUGUCCCCCUGGCACGCACAUGUCCUCGCACUGCACGACCAGCACGCCCACCGUGUGCGUGGCGUGCAGGGAGAGCCACUUCACGGAGCUGUGGAACUACUUGCCCAAGUGUCUCUACUGCAACAACUUCUGCACAAACAACAAGGAGGUUGAGACGAAGUGCAGUCCCAGUAAAAACAGAGUGUGUCGGUGUAAGGAGGGCUUCUACAUGAAGGAGGACUACUGCAGCAGACACUCCACUUGCCCCCAAGGUCAUGGCGUUCUAACCAGAGGUACAGCACAAAAUGACACAGUCUGUCACAGGUGCUCUGACGGCUUCUUCUCCACCUCUUCCUCUGCACUGGAGGAGUGUGUCAAACACAAAGAGUGUGUAAACGGACAGCAGCUUCUACUCCCUGGUUCCGCAAUCCUUGAUGCAGUUUGUGGCCGCUGUGAGGAGCUUGCAAAUGGAGGUGAACAGCUCAGAACUUUCCUCUCUGGCUUCUUUAGUAUGCACAGAAUGCACAUGGUCAAAAUGAAGAGAUUUUUUCGCAGGUUUCAAUCAAGUGAGAAAAGACACACCUUUCUCUCUCGCUCCUUUCUGCAUCAUGAGCAGCGAGGUCCUCUGUUGGACCGAAUCAAGGAGUUGCUGCAUCAGGCGCCACGAAAUCAUCUGAAGAAACUGCCGCGCUUUCUGAAACAGUCUGAGCUGUCCUCCAUGGUGAAGAAGUUAGACAAGAAGCUUAAAGAGAUUGAGCAGCAGACACCAAAUUGUAGUUUAUCACAUGUCUUCUUAUUUGACUGAAGCUUGGAAUGUCAUGUCAAAUGUUGGCUGUUAUUUAGCAUCUUUUUACAAAUUGCACUGUUUUUGAUAUUUGAUAAAUUGCACAAAUUGAUAUUUUUUUCAUGCAGAAGUGCAAUAAUGUGAGUGGUUUAUUCUCAGGACAUUACAUGCACAUUAAA